AAGUCUGAGUCAAGUAAUUACAGCGUUCCUCACUCUAACGACCACUUUCACUGUAUUAGGAAGAUAACGAUGACAGAGGAAUCUACUCCCAAAUGGGAAGGUAAAGCCAUGGCUGAGCUACCAGCCACUGUUCCACAACUUACAUGGGAGGUUCUGGAAGAUUUCUGCAACUUACACAAGUGGCUUCCCAUAGAAACAUGUUACCAUGUAGAGGGAAUUUCAGGUCAACCUGGUCUCGUCCGCUACUGUGCUUCCACUGUUGAAGAAGAAGGGGUUGGUGAUGAUGCUGAGAAGACAACAACCAUCAAAUGGGCCAAAGAGAAGCUGCUUGAGAUAGACCCUAUACAACGUUGUCUGACCUACGAAAUUGGUGAAAACAACUUCGGAUUUAAGUCCUAUGUGGCCACAAUGAAGGUCUUCCCCAUGAACCAGGAUGGAUCCAAGAUCGAGUGGAGCUUUGUCUGUGAUCCUGUUCAAGGCUGGAGCUUCCAAGAUUUGAACUCGCUUAUUGAGUCUUAUCUGGAGUUCAUGGUCAAGAAGAUUGAGCUUGCAUGUAACACAAACUAGUUUCAUCUCAUUCGAUCUAAUCAGUGCUGAUGGUUAGUUCAAAUCUGUGGGUAGAUUGGAAAAAAAAAAUUACUUUUAACAUCUGGGUCGAACCGAAUCCUUUUUAAAUUAUUGUUUAAACA